UGUUUUGCAGAUUGAGUUACCGAUCCGCUUGGUCGUUUCAGUCGUUAAAAACGUAAAAUGACAACAAUUCAAGACUCCUAGGAACGCUGGUGUGAAUUUUUAACCUCUUAAAGAGAAGCUGGACUUGUAUUUGCGGUAGGAUACCAUACGUAUUAACCAUCGAAAACAUUACCUGUUUCCGUUAGCAAAACAUGUCAGUAAACAGACAAGCUAGCUGACGCUUUGCACUCAGUGAAUUUAUAACGUUAGCUUGUUGUACAAAAGUACUGGUAACGUUGUCUUUGCAGGCAAGCCUGUCUGCAUGACAUUUAAGAUAUUUAUAAUACAAUUAGGCAAAGCAGAGUAACUGAAGUAGGGAAAGUUGUCUAUUUGUAACUGAUCAGAAUGGAUAUAAAAAGGAAUUUCUUUGAAUAGCUAACUGGUAAGAGGGCUUGGGAGUCAUUUUCAGUGACUGAGUCAGUGAUAACUUGGAUGAAAAAAGAUCUGUUCCCUGGACCGCAGUGCACGUCUUCCCCAGAUUUCAUCAUGUCCCAGACCAACACUUCUCUCUUGGACGAGGUGGUGCAGUGGAGUCAGGAAACCUGUCGCCAGGAACUCAAGUCCGUCCUGCCAAAGCUCACUUCUUUGCAUUGUCAGUCUGACAGCUGGGAUGAUCACAUACGUAUAUUGAAGAUAAUUACAGACAUGUUCCUCCCUCAUAUUGGUUUACCAGACCUGGAGGAUAAAUGCUUCUCCAAGAUCUUACCAAAGGCUGUGACGAUGUUUGACAGCAUGAUGAAAGAAAUCAUGGACCAAGUCGGUGGACUUUCAAGUCAAAACACUGAACUUUGUGCCUUACUGAGGAAUAUACUGCAGGCAAUGAUGCAGAUAAUUGAUGCGCUAUCCACUUGUGUGCGUCAUGUUGGCUCAUUGGAGGAAGCCCCUGACCUGGAUUCUAUCCGCUCGCUACCAGCUUGUAUCCUAAAAAUUCUGAAAGAAACGUUUCAGCACUGCAAGGACAGUGAGGUGGUCUACUGUGGCCGUCUGUCCCUUGUGGCUGACUUGCUCCAGGGAUUAUUCAAGGAGGCUUAUUCGCUUCAAAAGGGUCUUUUAGAGCUGCUGGAUAAGAUCUGCCUUGACAACAGUGCCUCAGAUGAGGACGUCUCUGAUAUUGUUACAGUGAUUCAUAGUCUGCUGGAUAUCUGCUCUGUUAUCUCCAACCUUGAUGUAGCAUUGCAUGCAAACACGUGGAAGUUCCUCAUCAAAACGAGUCUGAAGUACCAGUCAUUGGUUGAGGAGCAUCUACAUCACAGUGAAAUCAGCAACAGCCUUGUUGACAACCUGCUGACAUCCUUCCACAACUGUGUGGAGCUGGCUGAACAGAUUAAACAUGCUGGCCUACAGGAGGCCACGCAAAGUCCAGAAUACAAGCUGUUCCAAAAAAGUGCAAAGAUGUGCAGAUUUUUUGCCAACACUUUGAUUCAUUACAUAAAGGAGUUCAAAUUUUUUCUAACAAAAUCUUGUAGCUGCUUCCACCAGCUCUACCUCCAGAUCACGAGUAAAUUCCCUCCCAGCUUGUGCACUCCAGAACUGCCCAUAGCUUUGUCUCAGGAGCUAAAUGCAGCAGCUCUUGUUCCCAUGGAUGCCUUCCUGCUUCAGCUGUUGCCUUUAAGACCUUUUGCUGAAGCUGUCCUCCAACAAGACCUGCGUUUAAGUCCUGAACAUGAGCUUCCACACUGUCUGUUGCUGGUGAGCGUCAUGGGACAGCUGGCCGGCCAACCUGAGGAGGUGCUGCAGCUUUGGUAUGCAGGGAGUCAGUUUUCAGAAGAAAAUAUCAGGCUUCCUCUCUUCCAGGCCAUCUUCACUAGUUUCCGGCGUUGCUAUACUGAGCGUAAGGUCCCAGUGCUGUUGCCUGGGGUAAUGUUGAAGGGUCAGGCACAAGUCCAAGUCACUCUGCAUCAACACAUCUGUGUGCACCUCUGUGCCAGUGUGGCUUGGCUUCCACCUGAAUACUUUCGUGUACUGGAAUGUUGCUUGGUUGAAGCUGUACUUCAGGCUGAUACUGAAACAGCUGUGUUGGCAGCAGAUGUGUGGUGCUUUACAGCACGGUAUGGGACAGCAGAGCUUUGCCUACAUCAUGUCCUCCUUAUUGCUCAACUGGUGAAAGCGUGUGCCACCGAUUGUUACCAGUCAUCACAUCUGGGCAUGCUGCUAAAACGCAUGGUUUUUCUUAUGACGCCGAACCACCAGAUGGAGCUGGUGUCACAUUUUCCACCCUCUGAGAUGGAAAACCUUCGAGUUUGGCACCAUGUUCUCCUCAGAGCUCUUUCUCAGGACAUCUGCCGGCAAGUAGUGACAGAAAUCACUGGUUUAACUCAAAAAGUGCUGGCUGACUGGCAGAGUGGAGGAUACAAACUGGGACAAGUCGGCAAAGUGAAUGCAGUGCUGAUGUCUCUCCUAUCGGUGGUUCGAGGCCAGUCCUCUCCCGAAGAGCAGUGUGUGUUGUCUUCUGUGAGGAUAGUCACACAGCUCUGGUUACGAAUAAGUCCAGACCAGUUGCGGACCCACCCUGUGCUCCAGUGGACGCUGCAGCUUCUCUUGUCACUGUCAGCCAUUUUAGUGAAGCACAUUGAACCUCACAUGAUUUGUCAGGCUCUGGUGUGUCUGGAUGCUGUGGUUUCUCAGAAGUGUGCAGAUUGGUUACUGCUGGCUGCUUUGGAGUUUCUCUGCUCUCUGGGGAAGAUUUUUGUCCCUCCUGACAGCCAGAGUCAAAUUCUUCCAAGGCUGAGCGGCCUGUUUGGAGUCCUUUUGGCUGACGAGUCUUGGCUGUUGCACCAGCACACCCUGGAGGCCUUUUCUCAAUUUGCAGAGAAUACAAACCAUGAAGAAGUAAUCUCUCAGAGUUUGAGUGUCGAAGAAACCAAAACCAAAGUGGUUAAUUAUCUUAGCAAGACGGUGAAUGCGCAGGAAGGCAAUGAGUUACGGCUCGAGAGGCUCAAACAUGAGACGCAACACAUCAAGCAACACAAUGAGAAGCUGGAGUGUAGCAAAGAAAAGCCUUUCAACAAACCACCUUCUGAAGCUGUUCCAGACUCAGAGCCAUGCCCUAAGAGAGCUCGACAGGAGAACAGCGCAGAGCAGGAAUACAGCCGCUAUAUCCAGACGGCUGAGAGUGCUUUAAAAGCCCUUCAGGCUCUCACUGAUGGUAAAACUAACAGUAGUGCACCACCUCCACAGUGGUUGGACUCCAGACUACAGGAGCUCCAGACUCUCCUAACCCACAUCACUACAGUCAGACCCAGCAGCUCGAGAUAGUUUUUUCAUCUCAGGAUGUUUGCUUUCUGUAUGGAAAACCCACAAAUGUCCCCACAACUUUUGCUGCUAUUGAAAAUGGUUUCUCUCUUUUUAAAAA